GAGGCAGGAGCUGCCAUAAAGGCAGCAUAGUUGCAGCAGCAGCAGUGUCAGCAGAUGCCCACAGAGCAGCUGCUGCUGCUGCCAGUAGUCAUAAUAUGUGCACAGUACACGCUCAGAGAGAGAAGGAAAGAGAGAGUGUGUUGCAGCAGUGUGAUCAGAACCAUUAGUUUUUAUCCAUGUACAGAAGAUUCUGCAACUCAAAUGGUCCCUGAAAUAAAUAUACCUACUCUGCUAUGCAUUUACCCCAAGGGCUCUAACUCUCUCAAAACACUCUUAACAAACAACACUAUACCAUACCCCUCCUCUCUCUCUCUCUAACUACUCUCUCAAUCUCUCAACAACAACACCAAAGAAGAAGAAGUUGUGUUGAACUUGAUGAUGAGUGGUAGUGUGAGAAGUAGUAGGUUCCCUUUUACUGCAUCACAAUGGCAAGAACUUGAGCAUCAAGCUCUGGUUUUCAAGUACAUGGUCUCUGGCAUGCCCAUCCCACCAGAUCUCCUCUUCACCAUCAGAACUAGUCUGGAUUCCUCACUCUCCUCCAAAUUCCUCAUCCACCAACCCCAACACAUUGGAUGGAACAGCUUCCACAUGGGAUUCGGGAGGAAGAUCGACCCGGAGCCGGGGCGGUGCCGGAGAACAGACGGCAAGAAAUGGAGGUGCUCAAAAGAGGCGUAUCCCGAUUCCAAAUACUGCGAGAGACACAUGCACAGAGGCAGAAACCGUUCAAGAAAGCCUGUGGAAAUUCUGUCACCGACUACCGCCGCCACGCCCCGCAACGCACACCCUCCUUCUUCCUCCUCCACCCCUAUUUCUUCCGAACCACACUUUCUCUACCCUCAUUUCCCUUCUUCCCGACCCGCCGCCGCCGAUAGCACCAACUUCUUCCUCGAUUCACGCCCACCGCUCAAAGAUUUCAGGCACGGCAACGGCAUUAAAGGGGAAAACGAGUUUUUCUCAUCGGAUUCAAAUCCGUAUUCCUCCUCGAAACUGGAGCCGCUGAAAAUGGAGUUGAAACACAACAACGCCGCCUAUCUCUCCGAUCAGAGCUACCGGCAAUACCAGCACGACCGCUACUACUCGGCCGCGGAGAGGGCGGAGGAGCAGCCCAAGAAAGUAAUGCACCAUUUUCUGGAAGAGUGGGCGCCCAAAGACGCGGAGCCGUGGAGCAACGCCGACGACAAAAUGCCCACGCACAGGACUCAGCUCUCCAUCUCAGUUCCAAACUCGCUGCAUGACUUCUUCGUCACCCAAAAAUGAAUGAAUGAAGGAAAUGGAAUGGAGAGGGUGGGGACACAGAUUUUCUCUUUAAUUUGCCUGGUGUGGAAAGUGUAGUGUGUUUUGUGGGGAAUCUGUUGGAUUUUAGUAUUCUACAUUGUAUUCGUUUGGUGUUGGUGUUGUGUUACUCUUACUAGUAUUAGUAUUUCUUGUUUGAAAGGCA